AUUUCUGUGUUACUUUUACUAUGGACCGCAAAAUAACUAAUACCCAUUAUUCAAAGUUACAUUCAACCCCACACUCACUAGUCAAAGAUUGAUAAUAACUAUAUUAUAUCAUGUAUUAACUAUAGGCCUGCAGUGUGAGUCCCUUCUUCUCCCCGGACAGAUCAGUAGUAGCCCCGCCCCCUGCCGGCCCGGUGCCCUCCAGCUGCCCGCCCCUCCUCCUCUGUCUUGUUUGCCUGUAGUGGGACUCUUUCUUGCACCGGGACAGUGAGUGGGGUCCUGAGUUUCUGUAUGAGUCCUGCUUGUCUGAUCGGCGUUUCCCUGAAUUAUGCAACCCACUUCCCGACUUGUGGAGUCCCUGAGGAGGAGCUACAGGGUGGUGAGGGUGCAAUGUGGGGCCUCCCCUUACACCUCCUCCCUUACCAGGCACCCUGCAUGCCCCCUGCUGCUGCGGGGUUACUGCCAGAGAGAUUCUGGCAAUGUGAAACCACUAGAAGGUGUAAAAAUCCUGGACUUGACCAGGGUGCUUGCAGGACCAUUUGCCACAAUGAUUCUCGGAGAUCUUGGUGCAGAAGUCAUCAAAGUAGAAAAACCAGGACAUGGAGAUGAUACACGAUCAUGGGGACCUCCCUUUGUAGCAACUGAAAGUGUUUACUUUCUUAGUGUAAACAGAAACAAGAAGAGCAUUGCUGUCAAUAUGAAAGAUCCCAAAGGGACCAAAAUUAUUCAAGAGCUUGCAAAAGCCUGUGAUGUUUUUGUUGAAAAUUAUAUUCCGGGCAAACUAGCGGAGAUGGGACUGGGUUAUGGUGACAUAAAAGAAAUUGCCCCUCAUAUUGUUUAUUGCUCUAUUACAGGCUAUGGACAGACAGGCCCGAUGUACAAAAGAGCAGGUUAUGAUGCUGUUGCCUGUGCUAUGUCUGGACUUAUGCAUAUUACGGGACCUGAGGAUGGUGAUCCUGUCCGUCCAGGAGUGGCAAUGACUGACCUUGCAACAGGACUGUAUGUUCAUGGAGCAAUAAUGGCUGGUUUGAUACAAAGAAGUAAAACCGGGAAGGGAAUGCACAUUGACUGCAACCUGCUUUCAUCACAGGUGGCAUGCCUGAGUCACAUAGCAGCAAAUUUCCUUAAUGGAGGAAUUGAAGCACGACGUUGGGGAACAGCCCAUGGAAGCAUUGUCCCUUAUCAGUCAUUUAAAUCAAAGGACGGUUACCUUGUAAUUGGGGCAGGCAACGAUCAACAGUUCUCUACUGUUUGCAAGGUCUUGGGGUUACCUGAACUAGUUUGCGAUGCCAGGUUUACAACCAACGAACUGAGAGUCCAACACAGGAGAGAGCUCCUUUCCAUAUUAACUGUGAAGUUCUCAGAAAAAAGCACCAGUGAAUGGCUAAAGCUUUUUGAAGGCAGUGGUAUUCCUUAUGGCCCAAUCAAUAGUAUAAAAGAAGUCUUCUCUGAACCCCAGGUUCAUCACAAUGGCCUUGUUUUAGAAAUGGAUCACCCUACUGCUGGGAAGAUAUCUGUUCCAGGUCCUGCUGUACGAUUUAAUGAGUUCGAUGUGGCUAAUCCAGUACCACCUCCUGUCAUAGGGCAGCACACUGUUGAAAUUUUGAAGAACAAUUUGGGCUACGAGGAAGAUUACAUCACCGAACUAAUCAAAGCAAAAGUAAUUGCUCAAAAUGUGGUCCAGUAACGAAAUAUUUAAGAGGAACUGUGAUUGUCUCAAUGUUACCACAAAUCAAUGGCUGUCGACCAAUUGUUUAAGGUGAUUUGCCACUUAAAAAAAAAUCACCGUACACUUUUUUUUUUACGUUUUGCAAUCAAGAACCAUACUAAUUCAAAAUAAUAAACAGAAUAAAAGUUUUACUUUUUCUUAAGAUUUCAGUGUAUAAGUGACAGUUUUUUGAGAUUUUAACCGGUUGGUUUGCAGCUCUUUCUUUUUAACCGAUUUACAUCUGUUAAAUAAAUAAA